AAAAUCAAUGCAGGCCUGCAAAGAAAAAGCCUUGUUUUUAUCCUUGAUUGAUUCACAUUCUCAACAAGGCUUCAAUUCCAUGGCUCCUCUACCAAAAAACUCCAUAGACCACUUCACUCACGCCCACCCUCUCGCAGCCGCAGACGACGAUCAAGAAUUCUCCUGCGACGGCUGCAAGACUAUCGGAAUCGGGAAGCGAUUCCGAUGCAAAGCCUGCGAUUUCGACCUCCACGACUACUGCGGCACGUGCCCCCGUUCCCUCCCCUCCUUCAUGCACCACCACGCCCUCACCCUCGUCUUGCGGAAGCCUGCCAAGCCCGGCGCCGCGCGAGCCGUCAACCGUGUCUGCGACGUCUGUCGCGAAUCGGUCGACGGGCUGUUCUACAGGUGCAAGGAGUGCGAGUUCGACGUGCACCCGCUGUGUACGCAGCUUCCGGAGAAGCUCAAGCAUGCGCUUCACAAGGUCCAUCCUUUAAUCCUCCGGUCCCCGCCCGCUGCAGGCGCCUGCGCUGUGUGUAGGCGCCCGUGCAGCGGGUGGCGCUAUGGGUGUGGCGCUUGUCGGGUCGACAUUCACUUGGAGUGUGUGCUGGAACCCGUAGUGGGUUUCCAGCAACACGACUUUAAUACUGGUCAACGGGGAAUCCCCACGUUUGAUCAUAACACGGGGAUUCCCUUUCAGGCCCCGCCACAUUUUCCACCCUUUUACGGGUACCCUUAUGGCCCGGGUUACCCGAGUUAUGGGCCUGGGUUUAAUAUGUACUACGGUGGUGGUCCAAACAUGUAUCCACCUGGAAAUUUUGCACCGCAACAGGCGCAAAAUUUGCAGGUGAGUAAUAAUAAUAAUGGGAAUAGAGUGGGUAAGUCGAUGUUUGGUCUAGUAAGACAGCUUGGAUUUGGAGUGAUCUCGAAUAUGAUUUUUGGAGUGGAUGUAUCUGGGCUAUUUUAAUUACUUGUUAAUGUGUAACUUAAUUGCAUAUUUGAGGAGGAAUUCUUGGUUUUAAUUAGCUUAUUUUGUGUAGCCGGAUAUAGAAUGCACAUCAAAUAUCCUUUGCUCGUUGUUGGCUGAUUCCAUUUCAUGUAAUCUAUACACACACUAUAUUGGUAGGAAAGUGUUUUGCGUAUUGGACUUCGAAAUACAUUGGUAAUUCAGAAAAUAAAUUUGUAUA